CUGUCGACGUAUGAAACCAAUAACACCGUGUCCGUGUUAUCGGACCUAUCGUUCCUCUCUCAAAAAAAAAAAGAAAAAUAAUACGCAGGAAGAAAAUACUGGAUUCCGUAGCCGGACCGAAUGCAAUGAGUUAGUCCGACCAGCCGGAGAACCCAAUCCGAGUCCCAAGAUGACGGAGCAAGAGGAUUUGGCCGCCAGCGGAGGUGGCAAUGCGACCACUGGCUCUGGAACCAAUUGCCAAAACCAACUGCAGCAAUGUGUGCGUGGGAAUGUCACCUGGGAACUGCUGCCCGUGCAUCUGCGAUCGGUUCUGCACAACAAUCAGCGUGACUACGAGAAGUUCGUCUUUAACUAUAGUCUAAAGAAUCAGCUGAGGUUCCGGGGCAACCUGGCCGCCAAGGUGUUUCGCCGGGAGCAGCGCUACUACGAGCUGUUGAUACAGAAGAGCAUCAAUGGAUUGGGCGCAUUUCCCUACCACCUGGCCGAUAUCGUCACCAAGGGCCUGAGGGUGACGCCCUUCAACUACUAUCUGGAUGUGUUGGGUCAGCUUUUGCGAAGCGACAAAAGCUACGAUACUUUGCCCAACUUUACGGCAGCCGACUGUCUGCGUGUCUUGGGCAUUGGCCGCAACGAGUACCUGGCCCUUAUAAGCGAUCUGAAAACCCACACACCGCGCUCCUUGAUCUUCGGGUCGCGGCCCAAUCCGCUGGACUUCCUGCCGCGCUUUCCGGUGCGCAUACACAUCGAGCCCUGGUGGCGACUGGACAUUGGCUAUGUCCUGGAAGCGGAUAUUCGCUAUUUGUCGCCCGCUGAAAGAGGCCUGCUCGAUGACUUGAUUGACUUUGGUGCCCAGCCGGCUGGAAAAUGCGAUCACGAGGUGGUGCACAGCCUAUACCGGAAGGGUUUGAUCUACUUGGAUGUGCCCAUUAGCGGGGAGGACAGGAUAUCCAUUCCGCCGCUGCGCAACUUUGUGAUGAAUCGCGUGAGCGGGGACUACUUCGAGAAUCUGCUGUACAAGAUCUUCGUUAGCGCGGAUGAGCACAUGACCAUUGCCGAGUUGGCACAGAUGCUGCAACUGGAAUUGGAUAGCGUUAAGCAGGCCAUAUCGUUUAUCUGUCGUCUGGGUUUCGCUCAUCGCAAAGAAGACCUCGUCAAUCAGACGAAUCAUUCCAGCUGGGAGGGAUACAACCAGCAGCAAGCGCCAGAUACGCCGCAGAUCACACCGCUGAACUACAAUUUGCAUACCAGUAGCAGCUUCGAAUUCGACCAGAGUCCCAAAUCGCCAAAGACACACAAGGAAAGGGAGAAGGACAAGGAUAAGGACAGCAGUUCCAUAGGCUACCUCUCCUCGGACGGCAACACGAGCGACUUUAGCUUUGCCAACCUGAAUACGACACCCCAGGAGAGGGUGAACAACAGCGAUGAGCAGGAACUGAGCUCGGAGCUGGAGCAAGAGGAUCUGUCUGCCCCAAAGCAGGCUGCACCAUCGGCUGCGAUAUCAGCCGCGGUCUUGCCAAAAAGCGGUAAGAGGGUGGGCUUCCUCUUCGACUCCACGCUCACCGCUUUUCUAAUGAUGGGCAACCUGUCGCCCGGCUUGAAGAAUCACGCUGUGACCAUGUUCGAGGUGGGCAAGCUGUGCGAGGAGAGCCUGGACAGUUUUCUGGCUGAACUGGAGCAAGUUUCGCUGCUGGAUGCGGAGGGCGAAGGCGACGUGUCGCGCUAUUUCGCCCACGCGGUCAUUCUGCGUUCUACCAUUUGCUCACUGCGACAUUUGCUGCCGGGCGGUUUGGAUCUGCUGCGACUGGAGUGCCUAGAGGGCUUGGAUCAGCAGACAAGAGAUCGCGUUCUGGAGAAGAAGUACAAGUUUAUAAUAGCCGCUUCGCCGCUGACGGCGUCGCUCAGCCAUACAUUUAGCAUUCCCUACUUCGGCCAAUUCCUGCGCAGCUCCGAUGUGGCGCCCAUGUGGAGCAAGCUAUUCUACAAUCAUAUCACAGGCUAUGGACCGCCCAGUUUGCUACUCUGCCGAGGAACUGUGUUGAAGACCUUGCCGCGCUUGUUCCUGGGCUAUGGCAAACUGCUGGUGAACAUCCUGCACUCAGAUGCGUAUGUGCUUAAUUCCGAGAAUUUCCGCAACCUGAACUAUCAGCUCAAGAACGGCUGUGUGCUGCUCCAAGGCUACGGCAUCCGCACAGCCGGCGCGCUCCACUACGAAUCAUUUCCGUUCCAAGCGGCAGACACACGCCAAGCGAAGUGGGCUGCCCAUCGGGCCGUACACAAACUGUCCAGCCUUUUGGACCUGCGCCAGCAGUGCGGCUACAUAACAUUCCUGAACACUGGAGUGCCGGAUCUCGGUUGCGAGGACUACGAACUGCAGGUGCGACUGAAGCCGGCGCAGCGUCAGAAACGAACCUCAAUUGCAGCGCCCAGCAAACCGAACCAUGUGCCAACGAACGAGGUGACAAGCUUUCAAUUGAAGAGUCCGGAUGAGAACCACUUUGCGGCCACGCCGGAACACGGUCCUGCGAAUGAGUUCACUGCUCCGGAUUGCAGCCAAGUGCUGGCCAGCGAACUGGCCAAGUGCAGCAGUCGCGCCGAUCUGGUGUCGCAGAGUUCCGUGGAGAUCGAGGAGAUUUCACCGUCGGUGGUGCAGGAGGAGGACGCCACUGAGGAGUGGACCCUGCUGGACGUUAAUUUUGGCGUACCCCUAUUCGAUGUCGAUACCAAUACGAGAAUUUGCGAGCAUCUGGUCCAGGGACUCUGCAGCGAUGCUAAUUUGGAGGCAUUGCCCGCGGCAGCCAGCCAGGCACAAGUUCUCUUUCUGGAUUUCGUGCAGCAGUGCUUGUACUUCGAGGACGAUCCGGCCAGGCAGUCGGUGCAGGCAGCACGGCCACUGCCUCAUCCCAGAAUCAAUCUGGCAUUCGAGAAUGGACACGUGUGCCAUUGGAAUGGUCGCUGAGCAGCGUACGCCUCAAUGCAUUCCCCAAGUAUUCCGUUUACUUUCCCAGUUACUUAUCAGUUUGUGUACAGUUGGCGGACCGAUUUAAUGGCAAACAGAUUUAUAUUUAUAUAUACGUAUAUAUAUCCGCUAACGCAUUCACAUAAGCUAACCAACCAUCGGCCAAGUAAGUCAGCAUCACAGUCUGAAAGUUUGCGUUCGUUUUUUUAUUAGUUUUGUAAGCUCCCAGGGGAGACAGAAAGAUAAAGAUUGGCUUUGUGCCCUCCAACAAUAUACACAUAUUAAUGUAUGUCUGAAUAAAUGCAAUUUUAAAACUUA